UCUUCCCUCCGGGCCGCCCCAGCGCGAUCAUGGCGGCGGAGCUGCAUCCGCGCAGCGGGAAGCUCAUCGGUCUGUCAAACUCUAACAGGACCGCGCAGCGAAACCAGCCCGUGCAGGAGUUUAACCACGGCCUGGUGCUCAGCCGGGAGCCGCUGCGUGACCGGGACGUCUUCACAGUUCGGAUUGACAAGAAGGUGAACUCGUGGAGUGGCUCCAUAGAGAUUGGAGUGACUGCGCUGGACCCGGCUGCACUCGAUUUCCCCAGCAGCGCCACGGGGCUGAAAGGCGGGUCCUGGAUUGUCUCGGGCUGUUCUGUACUAAAGGACGGCCGCUCAGUGCUAGAGGAGUACGGACGUGACCUGGACCAGCUGGGGGAGGGUGAUCGUGUAGGGAUCCAACGCAACGGCAGGGGGGAGCUGCACUUGUGGGUGAACGGGCAGGACUGUGGCGCGGCCGCCAGUGGCCUCCCUUCACGCCUGUGGGCAGUGGUGGACCUCUACGGGAAGUGUACUCAGGUCACUGUGGUCAGCUGUGAGCCCCCGCCAGACACAGAAGAUCAAGAGGAAGACGAAGAGGAACGGGAGGAGGAGGUGGUAUUGCCAUCUCCAGCUGCUCUGACAACGGAGGCGUGCCGGGACCAUGAGGACCGGACAGGGGCUCUGGUGCUGCCUGCUGUUCCUGCUUUAGCCACAGUGAUGAACGGGUCAGCAGAGGAAGUGCCUGAAGUCACAAGGGGACACAGCCGACCGGACAAGUUCCCCAACAACUUUGAGCCGGAUACUGUCCUUACAGAGCACCAGUUAUUUGAUGUGUUCAACAAUGCCAUUGUCUCACUGUACCGCUCAGAAGAUGAGGGUGGAGAAGAUCUGGGGCUGGGUGGAGCAGGUGGAGGAGGUUCAGACCCCUCCAGAGCAGGUGCAGGAAGUAACAAUGGAGCCAGAGGAGGAGGAGGAAAUGAAAAUGGCAAUGGAGGCAGUGCUGAAGGUGGGGGUAGCACUAAUAACAGUCCAUCAGGAAGUGCAGGGGGCACAGCGGGCACUGGCGGCAUGACCACCAAUGACGCACUGCUCUUCCACGAGAAAUGUGGCACUCUAAUUAAACUGAGCAACAACAACAAGACAGCUGAGAGGAGGAGGCCACUGGACGAGUUCAAUAACGGAGUGGUCAUGACCAACCGCCCACUCAGGCAUAAUGAGAUGUUUGAGAUUCGUAUUGACAAACUGGUGGAUAAAUGGUCAGGAUCCAUUGAGAUUGGAGUGACAACCCACAACCCUAACAAUCUGGACUACCCAGCCACAAUGACCAACUUGCGCUCUGGUACGAUCAUGAUGAGUGGCUGUGGGAUUUUGACCAAUGGGAAGGGGACACGUAGGGAGUACUGUGAAUUCAGCCUGGAUGAGCUUCAGGAGGGGGAUCAUAUAGGGCUAAUGAGGAAAGCCAGUGGAGCGUUACACUUCUACAUCAAUGGCAUAGACCAAGGUGUGGCUGCUAACCAGACCCCAGGUGUGGUAUAUGGAGUGGUGGAUCUUUACGGAAUGGCGGUUAAAGUCACUAUCGUCCACAAUCACAACCAUAGUGACCGUUUACGUCGCAACAAUGCCAUUAUGAGAGCGCUGUCACCUGACGUUGGGCGACCUCGGCCUGCCCUCUCAUUGACCCCUGACCCAGAAGCCCCGGAUCGUCUGCUUUUCCAUCCAAAUUGUGGCCAGAAGGCAGCCAUCAUUGGUGAUGGCAGGACUGCACUGCGACCUCAUGCCACAGAUGACUUUAAUCAUGGAGUGGUGCUAAGCAACCGCCCACUGCAUUCCAAUGAAGUGUUCCAGGUGCGCAUUGACAAAAUGGUGGAUAAAUGGGCGGGAUCCAUUGAGAUUGGAGUGACAACACAUAACCCUGCCUACCUGCAGCUACCUUCCACCAUGACCAACCUGCGCUCAGGGACGUGGAUGAUGACUGGCAAUGGAGUGAUGCACAAUGGAACAACUAUACUGGAUGAAUAUGGACACAACUUGGACCGACUAAAAGCUGGAGACACUGUGGGCGUGGUGCGUAAGGACGAUGGUAGCCUGCAUUUCUUUGUGAAUGGAGUGCCUCAGGGACCAGCAGCCUGGAACGUACCACCCAGUGUGUAUGCUGUAGUUGACCUAUACGGACAGGCAGCCCAAGCAACCAUCAUGGAUGACAUGGCUGAUCUCCCUCCUCUCCCGGAUGAUAAUUCAGAGGGACCAACAGCCAUGUCUCCUGGCAGCCCGUGUUCCAUUACAGGGGCCAGUGCAGCCAGUGACCUGCGCUUCCAUCAGCUGCAUGGCACUAAUGCAGUCAUCACAAAUGGUGGCCGCACAGCACUCCGGCAGAACUGUCGCAGCGAGUUUAAUGAUGCCAUCGUCAUCUCCAACAGGUGCCUUCGUGAUGGAGAGUUGUUUGAGAUUGUGAUUCAGAAGAUGGUGGAUCGCUGGUCAGGCUCAAUAGAGGCAGGAGUGACUGCCAUUAGGCCAGAGGAGCUGGAAUUCCCCAACACUAUGACUGACAUUGACUAUGACACCUGGAUGCUGAGUGGCACAGCAAUCAUGCAGGAUGGGAACACCAUGCGGAAUAACUACGGCUGUGAUCUUGACUCUCUGAGCACAGGCUCCAGGAUUGGAAUGAUGCGGACAGCCUCAGGGGAUCUGCACUACUACAUAAAUGGAGUGGACCAGGGAGUGGCCUGUACUGGCCUGCCACCAGGUAAAGAGGUGUAUGCAGUGAUUGAUCUAUAUGGGCAGUGCGUGCAGGUGUCCAUCACUAGCUCAUCUGGCCCUCUGGAUAAUAGCUUGUGCACAAGUAAUAUCACAGAGAAGAGUUUUCCUAUACACUCUCCAGGUAUGGCAGGAGUGGCUCAUCGAUUGCACAACAAACAUGGGAAAAACGUGGUGUUACUAGGAGAUGGUUGCCAGGCAGUCAGGGUGGGAGGUUAUGCUCAUGGAAUUGUCUUCAGUGCUAAGGAACUUAAGACAGAUGAACUGUUUGAGGUAAAGAUAAAUGAGGUGGAUGAGCAAUGGUCUGGUUCGCUUCGCAUUGGCUUGACAACCCUGCAGCCCCCUGACCUGCCUUCCUGCCCCCUUAGCGGCCUCUCACCUUCUCUCACUCAGCUUCGGUCAAAGGUGACCUGGCUGCUCGCUGGUUCAGAGGUCAGACGCAACGGCGUACUGCAGAGACAGAACUAUGGUUGCUCACUGGACCGCCUGACGGUAGGGAACCGUGUUGGUGUGAAGAGAUGCAGUGAUGACACAAUGCAUAUCUUUAUUGACGGAGAGGAUAUGGGACCAGCAGCUACCGCUGUGGCUAAGAAUGUGUAUGCGGUGCUGGAUCUGUAUGGAAAGGUGACGGCCGUGUCAAUUGUCAGCUCCACGCUAGUAGAGGACACGGAGAGUGUGAAGGCUCCCUCGCUCUCAUCUGACAGCUGCAGUGAGGGAGAGGAUGACUCCACACCGUGUGAAAAUGAGCCUACCCUGGUGCCCAUGGCAAUGGCCUUUCUGGAAAAUCAUGGGAAGAACAUCCAGCUGUCCAAUCAGAACCUGACUGCAGCCCGAGUGUCUAGCUACAACCAGGGCCUAUUGGUCACAGCACAACCUCUACCCCGUCAACAACUUUUCCAGUUUCAGAUAGACAGACUGAACUCAUCUUGGACAUCAUCUUUGUCGCUCGGUGUGAUCGGUCACUCUCCUGAUCGCCUCAACUUCCCCUCCACGGCCUGCUGCCUUAAACGCUCUGUCUGGCUGCUGCAGCGAGACUCUGUCUUCCACAACUCACUAAAGAUCUGUGAGAACUAUGGGCCAAACUUGGACACGUGUCCUGAAGGGACAGUGCUAGGGCUUCUGGUGGACGCUAAUGGCUGUCUCCACCUGCAUGUGAAUGGGAUGGAUCAGGGAGUUGCAGCCCAGGACAUCCCCACUCCCUGCUACCCCCUCAUUGACCUUUAUGGGCAGUGUGAACAGGUUACCAUAGUAACGAACCAUGUGCCGGCAGUUGGUGCAGAGAGUGGUGAUGUACGUUGCCAAGGUGACAUGGAGAAGGCUGAUAUGGUAGAUGGAAUAAAAGAAAGUGUGUGUUGGACACCUCCUCCUGCAGUGAACCCCAAUAAGACAUGCGAGUACCAGGCGCUCUGCUCAAGAUUCAAAGACCUACUCACACUGCCCGAUGGUUACUUCAAUGAGGAUGCCAAGUAUAACCUGUGCUACUGUGAGUCCUGCCACAAGCUACGUGGUGAUGAAGCGUACUACAAGCGAGGCGAGCCACCCAGAGACUAUGCACUGCCAUUCGGGUGGUGCCGUUUUGCUCUGAGGAUCAAGCCACACUGUGAGGUAUCAAAUACUUUUAAGAAGUGGCACAUUGCGUAUCAUGGCACAAGUGUGGGGUCUCUUCGUCGCACGCUGGAUCACAGCCAGCUCCUGCCAGCAGAGUCGUCCUCUGUGUUCUCGGCGUCCCCUGUGAAGGCGGAGAGUCAUGGCAGCUAUGGCGAGCCAGAGGAGAACAGUGCCCCGGAGCGAGAGAUCCCUUGUGUGCGCCUUUCUCCCACCAUGCGUUACUCUGGCCUGGAGGUCUUUGCCCCUAAAGUGCAAUUCCGAGACCCACGCUCCCUGCGCUGUCACCAUGCCCAGGUGGGCUUCCAGGUGUGUGUGCGUCCAGGCUCCUACAAGGUGGGCCCGCAGUCACUGGGCAUCAGCGAGCCGCUGGAUCCCAGGUUCAGCAACACAGAGAUUGAGUGGAUUACCAAGGAAAAAGGAGGCACCCUUCUCUAUGGCCUGCUCAUCCGUGUGGAGUGAGGAGAGAAUGGCAGAGACAGACAGAAAGAGAGAGAGCAUCCCCUGUAUGAACUCUGCAUAUCACCUCCCAACCCUCUUCAGAGCUUUCAUACCAGAGGAUGAAGUGUCAUACUUCUGUUUUUUUUGGGCUUUCCUCUCCCUUAAAAGUUUGUAUUUGUCGUGUUUUACUUGAGGUUCAUGGAUUUGGAGACACGUCCUGCACUUUAUGUUUUGGACACCAGUGGGUGAAUUUAAAAAAAAAAAAUUUUCUUCUUAAUUUCAUGUUUGCCUCUUCACUGGCCUGGUUUCUAGAUAGUAUGUUAUGGGUACUUCCUGUCAACGUCCUAUUAGACAGUGCAGUAACCUAGAACAUACAGUUUGGUGUAUCCAGGAUGCUCUAUUCUCUCCUUCUCUCUGUCAGUCACUCCUUUUGCUACGUAAGAGCCCUCACUCAUACCUGAAUUAAAGUCAGACUGAGCAAACACAAAUCACCUCUUCAUAGCACAGCCCUGGAUCCUGUGAAAUUUUUUAAAGACUUUUGCAAGGGACAAAUCAACCUGCAAACAGACACCUGAAAAAACAAACAAACAAAAAAAAUAAACAAGAAGAAAAUAAUCUAAACAGUGACCCAAAAAUGGAAAAAAGACUUGAAGAAACUAGGAUCAGGAAGAGACUUAAUAUUGACUACAACAGUCUGUGAUUUCAUUUGUUUUUUCUUGCUUUGUCGAUUCCACUUUAUGCAAGGUGACAAACUGCGUAUUUACACAAUAAAUAUACACAUGUAAAUAGAAUGUUUUAAGGGUCACAUCCAGACAGUAUUACAUUUUUAUUACUGAAGUCCUGUUUAACAGCAAGCAUGGACACAUCACUUCUUUCUAAUUUGUGUGAAUACACAGGCAGCAGCUUGUGUGGACUGGAGCUGUUUUGUUUUUCAUUCUAGUCCCGUGAGGGUCCAACUGUCCUCCUAUGUCUGUUACACAGUAGCAAUAUGGGGAUAUCUUUCAUAUGCAUUGAUCUAACUUUAAAUCUUCCUGCUUAAAAUGUCUGAUUGGACUUGCAGAUCACAUUGCACUAUAAUCAUCUGAACUGGAAUAAAAUACUAGGUCUAAUUAGUAAAUACAGUUAUUCAAACUAAUACCUCUUCUGCCAAAAGCUAAUUCUUUUGGAACUCCACAAGGUGCAAAGGAGCCAUACAUGAGUAAGAAAUUUGGUGAAUUGGACGCAGCUUGCAUUAUUGUAGGAUUUCUUGUCCCACAUUAGAAAGAAUGCCCUCUUGUUCCAAAAUUGUUGAAUGUGCUCUUCACAUUAAACAAGGCUAUUGGUAAUCUGCUCAGUUGUACUGUGGAGGAUUUGGCAGAAAGUUAUGGGCAGUCGUCUGUAUUCUCUCUGCCAACAAGAAGGACUGUUACAGUCCUAUUAAUAUGCCUAAGAGGUUUCAUGUAAAGUAUUGUGGGAAAUGAAGUUCAAAUUUGUUUGUUUACACCGAGUGUAUGAAUGAUUUAUUUUUAAAUAGAUGUUUACUGUCAUCCAGAAUUACAAACAUCAUUUUCUUGACAAGGAUUGCACAGUUUGAAGCCCUCUCUUAAAGACAGAGCCUAGCUUAUGUUUUGUUUUUAGAAUUGAAAUUCGAGAGCUUACUCUUUCUAAAGGCAUAUCUGGAAACUGAGGUUUUUGUGUUUAGUUGCCAAGAUGAACUACUUGAGUGUAUGUUUUACAUGAGCAAUCCCACUAUGUUGCCAAUGGCCGUGUCUGAAUCUGAAUGAAUGCUUGCUAUGUAAAUCAAAAUGUGAAUACACAGGGUUCAUGUUGGCCCUUUGCUGCUUUUUUUCAGUCAUGGUUUUGUAUUAUUUGUUCAUGUUUGUUUUAUUUUUAUUUCUUUAUGUUGUACAGGCUGUUACAUAACACUAAUAUUAUCUUCCUGAUUUGUAAAAAAAAAUAAAAAUACAAAAAAGAGACAGUUAUGCACAAUAA